CAAGAACUACUCAACGCGUGAUUAGAAAUGCAAAUGCAUUAUUGAUGUUCCCUACACCUCACAGCCAACUGUAGAAAUUCUUCUUUCACAAAAGUGAGAAAGAAAAACAAAAGAACCUAAACUUGAAAUCCAUACAUGGCUUUUGCAGGGCUCAGCCCUCAUAUAUUAUAACGCACCGACAGUUCAAUCCCCAUGAAAUUACAGUUAGAUAAUCAUCCAACGAUGUUCUACUUAUAAACCAUCACACCCCAGAAUAAAUAUCAGAAAAUUGAAGUCCUUGAUCUAAGGAUGAAAGUACAUUAUUUAGCCCGGCGUUAGUGUUUGGUAUUCAUUUUGUACUUACUGCUUAACCCUUUUAAUCUGUCUUCCAGAGAGAUACUUCGGAGUUUUCCACGAUUGAUAUCUGUGUUUAUGUUAAUUGGACAACCAUACUGUCUCACUUGCGUGUAAAUUCGCCGAUCAGCUUCUGUUGGGAGAUGGCAAAUGGUUCCUACUCUUUCACUCCGUUCGACUUCAGUGGAAUCCAAGGUGAUUAUAGUCCUCUUGAUCAACAAUACUAUGAAAAAGAGGGAGCUAAGAUGAAAGAAAAACAAGACCCUUUAUUCUCAAUGGAAGAGUUGGGAGGGGUGUAUCCUUUAUGUUCUGAAUAUGGCGCUUGUCAGGAUGAUACAGCCAACAAAGGGUUACAGUAUGUCUUUAGAGAUCAAGAAGAGCCGCAGCCGCAACCUCUCAAAUCAACUUGCUUGACAUCUGAUGAAUGUGUUGGUACUUGUUUCCCAGCACCAGCACAAGCAAUGCAGGAAGUAAAGAAUUAUGAGAAUGUUCCCAAAUCUAGUAAAGAAUUGUCACAUCCAUUUACUCUAUCAUCUUCUUUGGAGCUGCUCAACAAUUACGGAAGUGGUUUCAAGAGAUUAAAUCUGAACCAAGUGAACAACGCGAGCAAUAGUCAAACAAAGUUAUCAACCGAAGAGAUCAUGAGGGUAGCAGGAGCAAGAUACAUACAAUUUUCUGACCAAAGGUAUGACGAUUUCUCUAUGCUUAUGCACCCUUUUGGUUACGCUCUUUCCGGCCUAUCUGAAGAAGAAACAAGGGACGUGGAACUUGCUCAUCUUCUUCUGGCUGCGGCGGAGAAGGUAGGCUAUCAACAAUUUGAUCGAGCAAGCAGACUGCUCAGUCGCUGUGAAUGGAUUGCAUCUCAGCGAGCCAAUCCAGUUCAAAGAGUUGUUUACUGCUUCGCUGAAGCUCUUCGGGAAAGGAUUGAUAAGGCCACAGGGAGGUUCAUACCAAAGGAAAGGACAGAAAGCUAUGACAUUCCUGACGGGACAAGUCUCCACCUUGCUUGUCUUAGUUUUCACCAAAAUGUUCCUCUGAAUCAAAUAACACAACUCACAUCGAUCCAAGCUAUAAUGGAAAACAUUGGAUCUGCCCGGAAGCUUCAAGUCAUUGAUCUUGAAAUCAGGAGUGGAGUUCAAUGGACAGCAAUGAUGCAAGCUCUUGCAGAGCGCCAACAGCGUCCCCUUGAACAUCUUAAGGUAACUGCACUAGGCUUAACUGGCAAAGGCAAGAAGAUAGAGGAGACAGGUAGGAGCUUAGAAAGCUUUGCCAAGUCCAUGAACAUCCCUUUCACUUUCAAGGCAGUUUAUGUAUCGUGCAUGAAAAAUAUCAAAGAGAAGCUAUUCGAAAUUGCAGCCGAUGAAUCUUUAGUAGUUGUUUCUAACAUGUUUCUGAGGACGCUGAUCUCAAGCCCUGAAUGUUUGGAAAAUUUAAUGAGGGUGAUAAAAAAUCUUAAGCCGUCAAUAAUGGUGAUUAAUGAAAUUGAAGCCAAUCACAAUUCACCAAACUUUGUGAACCGUUUCAUUGAAGCAUUAUUCUUCUACAGUGCAUAUUUUGAUUGCCUGGAGACCUGCUUGGAUCACAACAAUGAGCAUAAAUCGAUAAUCGAAGCACUCUACUCUCGUGGAAUACGAGAAACCGUGGCGAUGGGGGACAAUGAAAGGAUCAGUAGAAAUGUGAAGAUCGAUGUUUGGAGAGCAUUCUUUUCAAGAUUUAGGAUGGUGGAAAUAGGAUUCAGUGAGUCAGCAUUAUACCAAGCCAGCUUGGUCUGUAAGCAAUUCGCAUGUGGAAGUUCAUGUAGUCUUGACAAGAACGGAAAGUGCCUAAUUGUGGGAUGGAAAGGAACGCCAUUGCAUUCUCUUUCAGCUUGGAAGUUCUGUGGAGAUAGACUGGGGAGGUUCUUUCCUAAUUAUAGAUUCUAAAAAAGGCCUAUACAUGUGUAAUUGCCUUUCUUUUUCUCUUUUUUUAUAAGCUUUAAUUUUCUCUCUUUUAGUUCGUCAAUUUCAAGUCUUUACUGUCUAAAAAGACUUCCCAUUUUAUGAUCCUGAUCACUAAUAUUCCUUCUAACUGUAGCUUUUCCAAUUUGGGGCUUCAAUCCCGUAACGAAAUUAAUAUUGCUACAGCUUUAGGAGCAAUAGUGCAUCAAAAGGUUUAACUUAUUUAUCCAAUAUCCAUCAAGAUUUUCAAAUGUAUGUCGAGCCGCUUUUAUA